AACUAUCAUAUAGAAAUGAUGCUGUCGAGUCUAAAGAAGUUACAAGAGCUGUGGACUAUCAACCAGGCCCGACUGAAGUAAUCUUGGCACCAGGACAAAGAAGUCGAAUAUUGACAAUCAAAAUUUUACCUGACGAUCUACCUGAGACUGAUGAAAUAUUGAUUAUUAGAAUUGAUAGUGUUGAGCCAGACAACCAGAAAUUGAAAAAAGAUUCAUCUGAAAAACGAAUAGUCAUUUUGGAAAAUGAUAGUCCUGGUGGAAUAUUUCAAUUUAUGGAUGGCACUGCUGAGUAUUAUGAAAUUGAGGAAAAUGAAAGAGAGACUGUUGCACUUACAGUAACUCGCACAGAAGGUGAUCUUGUUACUAGAAUGGUCGAGUACAAUGUUUUACCAGAUGGUUCUGAACAAUUCUAUGGUGUUCCUGAGAUUAUUGUUUUUGAACCUGGUCAAAGAACAGUCAAUAUAUCAAUAGUGCCUAAAGAUGACAAUAUUCCUGAACUGCAGCAAAAUUUUACUCUGGAGCUAAAACCAUAUGGAACACCAGCUAGCGUUAUAGCAAACCCAUCUAAGGUUACAGUAACAGUGAAACCAAGCGAUGAUCCCCAUGGUGUGUUCGUCAUGGCUGAGAAAGAUGGACAAAAAAAUAUACCAGGGAGAAAACAAGAUAUAUUGGAAAGUACAUUGAAAACCAACUACAGCUGCAUCUACAUUGUACAUAGGGAAAUGGGUUCAUUUGGUGAGGUUUCUGUUGCUUGGAAAAUUAUACCGAAUGAUACAAAUGAUGUCUAUCCUACUAGUGGUGUUCUUAAAUUUGAAGAAGGUGUAACUGAGGGUAUCAUUGAUUUAUGGUCAAUGCCAGAUGAAUUGCCAGAAUCAAUGGAAGAAUUUUCUCUUGUGUUGUACAAUGGAUCAGAUGGAUCAAGAGUAGGAAUUUCAAACAAUGCAUCUUUUAUCAUCAAUUCGAAUGAUAAUGCAAUAUUUUUCAAAGGAUCUGAUUCAGUGACUAUUCGAGAAGGUGAAGAACUAGUUUUAAACAUUCGUAGAGAUGGACCUGGAUCUGAUUCUACUAAUGUCAGAUUUAUGACAAGAUCUCGAAAGACAUCUGAUGAUCAAUCUCAAAUGACUUCUGAAUACACAAUGCUACAAGCUGAAUCGAACAUUGAUUUUAUCCCAAUACCCGAUCCUGAUAAUCCAGACAGUGGAAUAGUACGAUUUCCUCCAACUAGCUUAGAUGAAUUUAUCAAAGUAACAAUCCCUGAUGAUCUGAUACCUGAAGAUGAUGAAGAAUUCUUUGUUGAGAUAUUCAAUGCAACUGGGGAUUAUGUUGUUUAUGGAAACACUGUAAUUCAAGUCAAGAUAUUACAGAAUGAUAAUUCUUCUGGAGUUCUUCGUUUUGCUACCCAGGAACCAGCAAUUUUGAAAGAAGGUGUUUCACAGGAAAUCAGCAUUCAGAGAGAUUAUGGAACCUAUCGUGCUAUUCAACUUGGAUGGAAAAUUAUUGAAAAUAUUGAAUUUGGACCAAAUAUGACGAUUGCGGACAUUCUCGAAUCAGGUGACGAAGUCAAUGAAUUUGUCAAUAACGAAGGAAUCGUCGAUUUUUUACCAGAAGAAAACAAUAAAACUUUCAUCAUUGAAGCUUUAAAAGAUAACAUCCCAGAAUAUAAAGAAGAUUUUGUGCUGUUACUAACCAAUGUUACAGGUGGAUCUGCAAUAUUAUCGAAUGAUGUAUUUUCUCUGAUGAAAAAUUUGAGUGUUGAAUUGAAUGACAGUCCAUACGGAAAGAUGAGAAUUCAUGUAGAUUCAUUGAAAGUAAAUGUAUCUGAAGAUUCUGAAAAUGAGACUGAUGAAGAGCCUGUUUCUGAUAGUGAUAUGCCGGUAGUUGACAAAAUUCCACAAACUUUUGCAAAUAUAACGGUGGAAAGAUCAAUGGGAAUGGAUGGAAAUAUAAAGGUUUUAUGGGAGAUUUAUGAUUACAAAUAUGAAGAAAGUUUAUUACCAGAAUGUCAAGAUUUAUUAUUAUCUGCAAAUAUAACUGAUAUCGAAAGUGACAUAACUUUAUCAAGAUCAGGCACUGGAACACCAACUUAUAAAUUUAUUGAAGGUUCCUCAUCAAUACUUCACACAGAAGAUAAAAAAUUUGAACACCUUGAUAAAUUUUCAUUAUCUUUAUGGAUGAAACCAGACAUUGAAAAAAUGUUUACUUUGGUUUCAACACACGAUGCUUCAGAUAUGUUGGAAAUUCAUGUUCCCCUUCUAUCAAAAUAUGAUGAAAAUAAUAACUUGAUUUAUUUAUUAUUGAUGAAUUUGAUGGGAACAUCGUAUGAUGAUAUUCAGAUUGUGGAAAUGCACUUUACUUAUAGAAACACCUUCAGCGUAGAAGAAAGCCUAACAUUGGAACUGAAUGGCGCUGGAACUAUAUUUAGGAAUAUUGAAAAUUGGAAAUAUAUUGUUGUGAAUAUAAAUUCUUCAAAAGUUGAGGUUUUUCUGAAUGGAGAAUUGAAAGCAUUCAAAAAUGCAGAUAUUUCUCUUUCAAAUGCGACUGAAGGAACUAUAUAUAUUGGAAACAACUAUGAAAGUUCCCAUGUAAAUUUCAUUGGACUUUUGCAAGACUUCAGAAUAUAUUCUCAACCUUUAGUGCAAGAACAAAUACAACAGCUUUAUGAACUUCCAGCCCAAUCAGAUGUUUCUCCUAUAUCUGGAGUUGUAGUAUACAGACAAGAUGAACGAAAUAAGAAUGUGAUUGUUGAUGCUGUGAAUGACACUUUGACUGAAUUUAAUGAAGAGUUCUAUCUUGUAUUACUUGAUUCAACUAAUGGAGCUGUGAUUGAUUCUGUAGAUAAGAAAGCGGACAUUGUUGUUCUCAAAAGUGACAAUGCAAAUGGACUUUUUGGAUUCUACAAGUCUUGUCAACCAUCUCGUAUAGAAGAAGGUGGAAGUACCAGAUGUACAAUAGAAAGAACUCUAGGAUUUGAAGGCUCAGUAACAGUGAAUUGGAUUAUUGAAUCUGAUACGAAGGAUAAUGAAAAUAAAGAUGAUUUUGAACAGCAUAGUGGAAGUGUUAUAUUUGCUCCUGAGCAAAAAGAAUCGAGUUUCACAUUAAAUGUAAUAGAAGAUCAAAAGCCUGAAAUAUCAGAAUCUCAUCAUGUUAUCUUACAAUCAGUAUCUUCUCAUGAUAACGUUAUUAGUAGUACCUCAUACAGUGGAGCAUCUAUUAAUAAAAAUUUCAAGUCUUCAACUGUUGUUAUUGAAAAAGGAGAUAAGGCUCAUGGCAUUUUUCAGUUUAUUUCUGGGCCCGUACCUCAAAUAUCAGACAGGGAUAACAUUCCAGUAAACAGAGAACCUUUGAUUGUUCAUGUAGAAGAAGAACAACCAGUUGUUAGUUUGUUGAUUGUCAGAGCUGCUGGUUGGCAUGGCGAAGUCACGGUUGAAUGGAGAACAAGAGAUGGGGAAGCUAUUUCUAGUGAAUCACCGAAAGAUUUUGUGUCUGCAGCCGGGACUUUAACAUUUGAAGACGGUGAAGGAUACAAAUUUAUAAAUAUAACCUUACUAGAUGAUGACACUCCUGAACUACAGAAAUCUUUUUAUGUUGACAUGCUUACGCCUACUGGAGGAGCUGAAGUGAAUGAAGCUUCCCAUGCUGAAAUCAUUAUCUCUCCUUCUGAUAAUGCAUACGGUGUUUAUCAAUUCAAUCCUGAAUCGUUAUCAGUAAUUGUUGAAGAACCGGAUUCGGGGAAGAACGCAACCAAGUUACAGGUCAAACGAACAGGUGGUGUUCUUGGACAAACAGUUUUAAAAUGGAAAGUAAAAUCAGAUCCUGAUGGUGAUCUUGAUCAUGACAGUGGGGAAGUGAAUUUUAACUUCGGUCAGAGGUCAACUGAAAUUGAAAUAUCUGUAUUGGCAGAUGAUGUACCUGAGUUUGCUGAGCAUUUCACUGUGGAAUUAGUAGAAGUAUCACAUGGAGAACUAAGUAGCACUGGAUCACUGCUCGCUAUCCUAACAGUCCCAGCAAAUGAUGAUCCGCAUGGAAUAGUUAUUUUCAAACCUGGAGCCGUGAAUGUUGACGAAGGCGGUAUUAAUGCAACAUUGGCAGUAAACAGACUUGCAGGCUUGAAUGGACGAAUAAGAGUGCAUUACAAGACAGUGGAUUCAACAGAUGGAAAUUCAACUCUACAAGGCAUUGCAAUACCAAACCGAGAUUUCUCUGUGCAACAAAGUAGUUUUUUGAUCCACGAAAACGUGACGACAGAAACUUUUACCAUUCCAAUACUUGAUGAUGAUAUUCCAGAAACGGACGAAGAUUUCUAUGUACAAUUAACAUUCGUUGAACUUGUACCUUCAGGAGUUGUUGAAAAUUCUCCAAGACUCGGAAGUGCUUCUGAAUCUUUAGCUCGUGUUGUGAUAAAUGAGAACGAUUCACCACAUGGAGUGCUGGAACUCAGUUUGUCAUCAGUUGUAGUAAAUGAAGAAUGGAGUGACGAAGAUAAAACAGUAGUUGAAAUCGUCAGAAAAUUUGGAACUUUUGGUGAAAUAACCGUUGGCGUAAUGGCAGUAAAAGAAAAUGCUAUGCCUGAUGAGGACUUCAGUCUUAUAAAUGAUAAGGUCACUUUUCUUGAAGGAGAAGACAGAAAACCAUUUCCAGUCCACAUUAUUAACGAUAUAAAUCCAGAAUUGGAAGAACAUUUCACUUUACAACUUCAACCUGACAGCGUGACUGGUGAUGCUACAUUGGGUGAUGACACAACUUGCAGAGUUACCAUUGAAAAGUCUGAUUAUCCUUAUGGUUACUUAGAAAUAUCAGUUCUUCAGUCCGUAGUAUCAGAACCAGCACAAGGAGAGGAAGGUGUUCCUGUUGUUUUCACUGUCAAAAGAAAAGGAGGUCUUCUUGGUAUUGUAGCUGUCAAAUGGACUGCUUUUGUAGAUGGCCAAGAACAAGUGAAUGUUGAUGAAGAUACAGGUUCAUCUGAUUAUGAAGGAAUUGAAUCUGGAGAAUCUAGCGGUGAAGUUCAAAGUGAUAUUGAUAUUUCAUCUGGAGUUCUAUAUUUUGUAUCAAAUCAAGAUGAAAAGACCUUCAAAAUAAAAGUAAUGCCAGAUGACAUUCCAGAAAAUGAUGAAAUUGUUACAGUAAAAUUGGAUCGCAUCAUGAAAAGAUCAAGAUUCAAUGGCGUCAUCAAUCCUGAGAAAGAUAGAACAACAAUCAAAAUACCAGCAAAUGAUUACCCAUAUGGAAUGGUCAGUCUGGAACAUGACAAUUAUGAUGUUGAAGAAUUAGAAAAUGGUGAAGCAGUACUUAAACUAAAAGUUAUCAGAAGUGCUGGAUUGUUUGGAAUGUUGAGAGUAGUUUACAGCACAGAAGAAAUAGAUUUGAUUUCUGAAAUUAUUGAUAAGAAGGAAAAUAUUAUUGCACAAUAUUUUGAAGAUCCAUCUUCAAUCACUUCUGAAGUUGCUUCAAAACCAAAACAAGAAGUUGACCUCACAUCACAAUCCAAUCCUCUUAUGACUUGUGCGGAAACUUGUAUCAGGCAACAGACCUGCGUUGGAUUCUUAUACAGUGAUAUAACUACAAAAUGUGCUUGGAUUCCAAGUUCUGAAACACCAACUGGACUUGACCUACAACCAGAGGGUGGAGGGAAUGGGGAUAUCAACGGGGAUGAAAAUGUUUACAUGGCCCCUGCUGCCAAAUUUCGUUAUUAUUUGAAAGAUAUAGAAAAAACUGAUCUGCUUUACGACUCACAAGCACGUUCUGGUAUGGAUUUUGAACCAAUCACUGGAGCUUCAUUAUUACUUCAAGAAGGUCAAACUUCAGGAAAUAUAGCUGUCAAAAUUUUGAGAGAUGACACUCCAGAAUUGGAUGAAUUUUUCAAGGUUCAUAUUAUCAAUGUGUCAGUGAUCGACAUAGACUCAAUGGAAACAAAUCGACCUCUUAUAGUUGGCAAUAAGGAGUCAAAUAUAAGAAUAAAACAGAAUGAUUCUCCACAUGGAAUGUUCACGAUACAUAGUGCAGUAUCUACACCUGAAGAUAAUGGAAUGAUCAUAGAAGCUGAGGAAAGACCACAGUUAUCUUUGGAAAUGAUUGUAGAGAGGAAAGGUGGAUCAGUUGGAGAAGUGACUGUAGAUUGGAAAGUACAUGGUGGUUCUGCAUUACGUGAUAUGGAUUUCUCUGGUGAUGAUGCAACUUUGAAGUUUAAUCAUGGAGAAAAAAAGAAAGUUAUAAGCCUUAGCGUCAUAGAUGAUAAUAUCCCAGAGCUGAAUGAAGACAUCAAUGUUGAAUUACAAAAUCCAACUGGUGGAGCUAUUAUUAGUGAAACAGAAGGAAAAGUUCACGUGAUUAUACUUGCUAAUGAUAAUGUCGGUGGGAUCAUAACUUUCAGUCAAAUAUCGAGAGCUGUGAUUGGCAAUGAAGGUGACUCCAUUCAACUAGACGUGAUUCGGUCUGAACCAGCUGAAGGUUCUUGCAAAGUUACAUGGAAAAUUGAUAAUGAAAAUGCAUCAGAUGGUGUUAAUGCUACAGAAGGAAUAUUACAUUUCCCACCCAAAGUUAAAACUGCUUCUUUCUGGUUGAAUCUUAUUGCUGACAACACCCCAGAAAUUAAAGAGCAGUAUACUGUAAGACUUGUGGAUGUUAUUUCUACGGGCAUUCCACAAACUGGUAAAGCAGCUAUAGAUGUCCAAGGAUCUGUAUCUUCAAUUACAAUACACGGUAGUGAUGACCCUCAUGGAUUAUUCAAAUUUUCUGAAACUUCUCAAGUAGCUGAUGCAACAGAAGAAAUUGAAGAAUUAAAAUUGUUUGUCUCUCGUGGGUUCGGCUCUGUUGGGAAUGUUAAAGUAUACUUUGAUGUUGUACCAGGUUCUCUCAGCACCCUCAAUCCAGAUAUCAAACCUGCAGAACCUUUUGUCGACUUCACAUUCCAAAGUUCUGGCAUUGAUCAGGAUGGGAGACAUUUUAUUCUAUUUGAAGAUGGAGUGACUUCGGUUCCGAUUGUUUUCAAUAUAAUUGAUGAUAAUAUACCUGAAAUGAAUGAAAUUUUUCAUGUUAAUCUAACGGAAGUUGUUCUACUUGAAAGACCAAAAGACGCAAUCAAUUUUAUACCUCCUAGUAUAGAUGCUGAUUAUAGUUCAUCUCAAGUUGUUAUUGAUGCAAAUGAUGGAACAAAAGGAAUGAUCAAUUUCCAUCCUGAUUUUGUUCGUUUUGAAGCGAUUGAAACAGAGGGUACUGAAACCAAUAUUACUUUGACUAUUAUACGAGAGAAAGGAACAUAUGGUAAAGUUGAAUUCUUUGUUUUCCCACAAAAUAGAGAAGCAAUUCAUGGUGAAGAUUAUCAGUGUGAACCAACAACAAUAACUAUCCCAGAUAGUCAAGACAAAGUAUAUUUCCCAAUCACCAUACUUGAUGACGAUAUACCAGAGGGAGAUGAAACAUUUGAAGUUUUAAUCGGCAAUCCAUCGAUUGGAUUAGAAAUCGGGAAUUCUACGAAAUCAACAAUAAAAAUUUUGUCGAACGAUGAUGCUCAUGGAAAAUUAAGUUUUUCUGGCGAAGAAACUCUUUAUUUGGAAGAACCUAAUAAUGAAAGUAUGACUGGCAGUAAAGCAGAUCUGGUAAUCACCAGAAAUCCAGAAUCAGGAGUGUUCGGGGAUAUUUCAGUAAAAUAUCGAGUUGAACGAAACGAAAGUCAAUCGACUGAUACCCAAUCGGUUUCCAGCGAUAUUUUUCCUGUUGAAGGAUAUAUUGUGAUCAAAGAUGGCGUACAUAAUGAGGUUCUAGAAAUUUCAGCUGUAACUGACAGCGUUGCUGAGUUGGACGAACAUUUCAUUGUUACGUUACAUGAUCCACAAGGUGGAGCAACUCUCUCCGAUAAAAUAACAAAACCUAUUGUCAUCAAGGCUAACGAUGCACCAUAUGGGAGAUUCAAAAUUGUACCAAAAGGCCUAAGAUCUGGUAACUCAUUCACUGAGGUAGAAGAAGGACCAGGAGUGAAAAUAUUGGAACUUGAUAUCAUUCGAGAACAAGGAUUAUUGGAAAAUGUGUUUGUGAGUGUAAAGACGAGAAACGGUACAGCUCAACCUUUGUCACAAGAUCAUGAUCAAUCACCAAUACUAUGUGCAAUACAAACAUUUGAUGCGUCUUCCAUGUCUUCAUUUCACUCCUUCACAACUGGAUCUAACCAGUUUUUACUGGUAUUAUCAGCUGAUAGAUCUGGACCACUUUCAACCAGAAUUGGAAGUUCAGGAACCCUGCGAACAUUAACUCCUGGUGUCCAUACUACUUUAUAUAAGUACAAUGGAUUGUAUACUCCUGUACAGACAAUAGAAACAGAUGGAGCAUCUGCGGCAACUUCUUUUACGACUGGUGAUAAAAAUUAUCUGUUUAUUACAAAUCAUGGACGUUAUGGAAGGUAUGAAACAAUGUCUCGAUUGUACAAGAUAUCAGAAAAUGGUUCAUUGAUUGUAACAGAUGAAAUUACAACCAAGGGUGCAAAUGAUGUUUCACAUUUUAAACACGAAAAUGAGGAUUAUUUGAUCGUGGCCAACAGUAUCGACAAUAAUCAGAUUUCCAGCAUUGAUUCUUAUGUUUAUCGAUUGAAUAAACUUCAAGACAAAUUGACUCUGAUACAAACAUUACCUACGAGAGGAGCUUCUGGUGUGAGAACUUUCAACUGGAAUAAUGCUGUCUAUUUGGCUAUUGCCAACGGACGUGAUACUGAAAUCAGUGGGAACUCACUUGUUCAUUCAGCCAUUUACAAAUGGACGCAAAAUGAAAAUGAAAUUUAUAGUUUCACCAAUCGUAAAUCUAUUGACGUAUCUCACUCGACUGCAGUAGAAAUUAUAGAAACUGGCAACAUGGUUUACGUAAUCCUGUCUUCUGUUGGAUUUGAAGGAGAUGAAACCAAAUCACAGGAAAUUGAAAGAGUUGAUAUUUAUAAGGUUGCAUUUGGAGGACCGCAACACUCAAUUAUUUUAAAUAAACAUCAGUCAUUGAAUAUUUCAAAUGUUGUAUCGAUCAAUGCUCAAUCUGUAGAUGCCGAUGUGUUUGAUAUGUUCGAAUCAGUCGAGGAUAAUCUGGAAAAAAUCCAUUUACUUGGAAUUGCAUCUUCAAGGGAAUCCAGUUUAUACUGGUUAAAUCCGGUUUCAGGCAACUUUGAGUCAGUUUCGAAAGUUGGCCCAUCUAAAGCGAUACUUCCGAUUCCUGUGUAUUCGAAACACAAAAACACUUCUUUGAUUGCGAUAGCUGUAGAUUCCGUUAAUUUGGAAGAAGAUAAAGCUCGAGACUUUAUCAAUACAGCUGUUAAAUCAGGGAUUUAUUAUCUUUUUAAAUCUACUGCUAAGAUAAGUGAAGAUGUAGAUUAUAUACCAAUAAUGUCGGACUUGGUUUUGAAGUUUGAGCCUGGGAAAACAACUCAUUCUUUUGCAUUGAGUGUAUUUGAUGACAAUAUUCCUGAAAAGGAGGAAUCUUUUUUUGUUUAUCUUGACAAUUCUAUUGAUACAAGAAGCGAAGUUGAUAGUGAAUUUGGAACAAUGGAAAUCAAAAUUCUUUCAAAUGAUGAUGCUCAUGGUGUGAUAGGCUUUGCUAAAGAUUCUCUUAUUAAACUUGUUGAAGAGACAGAAGACAACAAUACUUUUACUUUGAAUUUACUGAGAGAACCAGCAGCUUAUGGUGACAUUACUAUUCAAUGGGAAGCAGUGGGAAGUCUGUCCGAUAUAACUCCAUUAGAAGGAAAGGUUACAUUUGGAGAUGGACAGACCAAAGCAGGAAUACAGAUGACAAUAUUAGCAGAUGACAUUCCAGAAGUUGAAGAAUUUGUUGAAAUUUUUUUGAGUACAGUUACUGAAAGUGGAAAUGAAAGGCCUCAUCUAGGAGCCAAAAUCAAUUCUUCCACCUCUACGUCAACAAUUCGAAUUCUACCAAAUGAUUCACCUCAUGGUAUGUUGAGAUGGUCUGCAACAUCUUUAAGAAAUGUAAUCAAAGAGCCUGAAACAUUAUCAGGGGCGACUCAACUUGUUACAUUAGAUUUAUUAAGACAACAAGGACAACUCGGGGACAUUCAGGUUUUCUACACGACCAAAAUUGCCUCAAACCUUCCAAUCAAGUCUCAGGCAAUGCCGGGAGCAGAUUACAUAGCUAGAGAUGACAGUAUUACUCUGAUGGAAAAUAUCACAAGUGCAACUAUUGCUAUAAGUAUUGUACCUGAUGAUAUUCCAGAAGAUAUCGAAUCAUUCUAUGUUGUGUUAACUGAUGUAAAAAUUAUUGGAGAAUCGAUGUUCAACAGCCAACCAGGUAUUGGUCCGCCAGGUGCUGAAACGGCAGAAAUUUUAAUCGAUGAAAAUGAUCAUGCGAGAGGAUUUAUACAAUUCAAUGUCACAAGAAAUUCCAAGGAUGCAGUAGAAGCAUUUGAAAUGCCAGGCACCAACACUAGUUUCAAGCUGCCUUUAAUACGGUUAUUCGGAGCAUUUCGGUCAGUUGGUGUGGAAUGGAUAGCGAAGCCUAUGACUGCUAGUGGAUCUGAUUUCUAUCCUCAUCAUGGGUCUGUACAUUUUGAGGAAGGACAACGAAAUGCUUUCAUAGAGAUUUUUAUUGUCGAUGAUAAUGACGUAGAAUUUGUUGAGACGUUUACUGUACAGUUGAUUGGAAAACCAGGGGGUGCAAAACUUGGAGGUGAUGUAUCAGCCACUGUUAACAUUUUACCUAAUGAUUCACCAAGUGGAAUGUUUGGUUUUGUGCAAACAAGAAGAUCGGUAAAAGAAUCCAGAACUGCUAACGAUUUGGAAGGAAAAGUUGAAUUUGAUGUACAAAGGUUUCAGGGAAGCAGUGAAGACGUAACAGUUUCCUGGUCUCUAGAAAGAAGUGCAUUUUCAGACAUCACACCGAUGUUAGGUAAACUACACUUUUCAAUCAACGAGAGAAGGAAACGAAUAGUCCUAAGAACUUUACCAGAUCAAAUAUUAGAAGGAGAUGAAAGUUAUGCUGUCAAAUUGGUGUCGGCAACUGGUGGAGCUGAGAUAUCGCCAGUAGCUGGCAACGCUAUAGUCACCAUAAAAGCCGACCAAGGUGCAGCUGGUACGAUUUCUAUCUCACAGUCUUCUUCCAGCAUAUUGACUGCAGAACCAACUAAUUUAUAUAAUGGAAGCUCGGUAGUUAAAUUAGAACGAGGACCUGGUCAUUUCGGAGAAUGUUAUGUUCGAUGGCAGAUUACACCUGCAGAUGUAAGCACCUUUGCAACAACAGUUGGUGGAGUAAGGUUUAAGAAUUUGGAGAACGAAACACAAAUCAUAUUGCAAACGGUCGAUGACAAUAUUCCAGAAAUAUCUCAAGAUUUCACUCUCAGACUAACUUCAUCAACUGGUGGAGCCAUAAUCGAUCCAGUCUCAAAUUCAGCUCGUAUCACUGUGGCAGCUAGUGACAGUCCUCAUGGAACCUUUACGUUUUCUCAACCAGUAUACUAUGUGAAAGAAGAAGGUGGUAAUGUGACGCCUGGUGUUGCACCAACUAUAGUAACAACACCACAUAUGACAACCGGUACUGCUACUCAACCACAUUUCGUUUCUGCUAUUGCAUCCUUGACACUGCUAAGAAACGAUGGUCACCUGGGAGAAGUAUCUGUCUCAGUAUCAACCAGUGAUGGUACAGCCACAGUAAAUGAAGACUACUAUGCUGUAUCAAAGAACAUUGUGUUUUCUGAUGGCGAAUUCACAAAAACAGUAGACGUGGAAUUAUUAAAUGACUUGCUUCCUGAAGGACCAGAGGAAUUUUUUAUCAAUAUCACUGAUGUAACACUUCAUUCACACAGUAAUAAUGAUUACAUUCCGAGAGGCACAAACAAUAUCACAUUAGAUAUCCCACCAAAAAUCGGAGGCGUGUCAUCUGCAGUUGUACAAAUUACGAAAAGUGAUGGUGCUGAAGGAAUCAUCGAAUUCCCUAAUAAUUUAAAACAAAUUGAAGUGAAAGAAAAUAAUGGAACUGUGCAGAUUCCCAUUAUUCGAUUGCAUGGUCACUAUGGUGAAGUCAGUGUGACUGUGAAAACCAUGGAUAAAACAGCUAAAAGAAGUGUAGACUAUCUCACACCUACUGCUGGAAUCAACAUUAUUUUCAAAGAUGGACAAAAAAUGGCGUACGCUAAAAUUACUAUAGUUGAUGACGAAGAAAUGGAGAUGGCUGAAACAUUCGUUGUUGUGUUAUCUGGAGUUAAUGGUGGAGCAGAGCUAGGCAAUCAUCUAAUCACAGAGGUUAUCAUAGCUAAGAGUGAUUAUCCAAACGGACGUUUACAUUUUCUUGAUGGGAUUGACACAUUGACUGUGAGAAAUCCUCCUGCUGGUGGUGAAGGUACAAAAAGAAACUUCAUUCUGGAGAGAACUGGGGGCAAUAUGGGAGAAAUCAACCCUAAAUGGAAAAUUGUAAGAACAGGACCUUAUUAUGGAGAAACAACGAGUUCCACCCCAAUAUCUGAUGAUUUUGCAUCUCCUACUUCUGGAUCUUUCCAAUUUUCUGAUGGAGAAGGAGGACAGAAGGAAAUUUUAAUAACAAUUUUACCAACGACUGAAAUCCAGGAAGUAGAAGAACAUUUUGCUAUUGUUUUGGAAGAUACUGACCCGGCAGAAAUCAGUGAAACUGAGGGAAAUAUAACGAUCACUGUUUCGAAGAAGGGUAACCCAAAUGGUAUCUUAAAAUUCUCUGGGACACCAGAAGACAUUGCAAGACAAAAAGUUGUUAGAGAACCAGAUAGUGGAUCACUGCAAGUAGUUUUUCCUGUUGUUCGAGAACAAGGUACAUUAGGUGAAGUUGUACUGCAUUGGCAAGCAGAACCUGGGAACAGUGAAAUCGGAGCGGAUCCUGACACAGACUUGAAAGAAAGUACUGGUGAAGUAACGUUCCGAGAUGGGCAGUCAAAUGCAGAAGUUAUUGUCUAUGUACAAGCUGAUGAUACAGCUGAAUUAUUGGAAAGAUUUUCCGUUAAGUUAACUAAUGUGGAAGGAGGAGCAGUAUUGGAUAGAAAUGUAGUCACAAGAGAAUUUACUGUGCAACCGAAUGACAAUCCUCACGGGGUAUUCUCAAUUUUUUCAAACGAUCAAAGUAUCAUCGUGUUGCCAGAUUCAUCUAGAGUUAUACAAGUAAACGUAACUCGACAACAUGGAUUCUUUGGAAGAGUUGUCGUGUCUUUCAUCAUUGAAUUUAAUAAUCCCAAAGGUGAUUCUUCAUAUCUGGACUCUGAUACUGGUGAUCUUUAUAUUCCUGAUGGAUCAUCUUUUGCAACGACUGAAAUACCAAUCCAAUCUACUGCUUUUCUAGCUGUUGGGGACACUUUUACCAUCAGACUAUCAACAGUGGAAUACAUGGACAAUGAUGUAACCAUUCCACCAAAAUUAUCAGAUCAAGUCCAAGCUAUUGUAUCUGUGACUGUAGAAGCUGGCAACCCUCAAGUUGGUUUCGAUCCUAUAGUAUCAUCAGUCUAUAACAAUACGAGGAAUGCAGCCAGAAUGACUUUAAAAAGAAUUGGUCUCUAUGGCGAUGUCACCGUUCACUGGGUUUCUGGUUACCCAAGAAACAGAAAAACAACAGAUUUCAGAGAAGGACAAACUACACCUUCAUCAGAUUCAGUAACGAUGUCUGAUGAAAAUGAGAAAAUGAAUGUCAGCCUUACUCUUUUUCCAAAUUCCGUUGAUGCCGAAAGUUUUUCUGCCUAUAUUCUACGAGUAACCAGCCUUGUUGCUGGUGGAGCAGAAAUAUCGAAGAAUCAUGAAGUUACAGAAUUCGAACCUUGUGGCGUUGUCAGAUUUUCAACAGCAUCUCGGAACGUGAUUGUAACUGAAGACAGUGUUCAGGUCUCUCUGACUGUUCAAAGGCUUUAUGGCAGUCGAUAUGACAUUGAUUUAAUUUACUCGACCACCCCUGUCACUGCCAUUCCUGGGAAAGAUUUCAUGCCUGUGACAAAUGGAAGAAUAAAACUGAAAAGUGCUCAACAAGAGGGAACUAUGAACAUUCAAUUGAUCAAAGACAAUAUACCUGAGAUGAGAAAAGAGUUUAUUGUUACGAUAACAGAAGCAAUUGAAGAUCUUGGUAUUUAUAAUGGUCUCUCUCCUCGAGUACUUCACUCAGAAGCUAUCAGUAGAGUUACUAUUAAAGAGAGUGACGAUGCUCGUGGAAUAUUGAAAUUUGAACAACCAGAAAUUAUUGUCAAUGAAAAAUCUAAUGAUGGAUCUAAUAUAGUGGUCAUGAUGGUUGAUAUACUCAGAACUGUUGGGACAUUCGGUGAAAUAUCUGUCAUGAUGAGCACAAUAGGUGGUGGUGAGAAAUGGCAAGACAAAUAUAUGAGAGAUGUAAAAGGAAAUGAACAAGCAGAUGACGGUAUUCGUGAAUAUUUAUUAUCACAAGAUGGCAGAAGGGCGACAGCAGGAGAGGAUUAUGAAAUAAGACAAAUCAACGCAACAUUCAAGAUAAAUCAAAACAAAAUCCAAGUUCCAAUUGUCAUUCUUGAUGAUGACGAGCCUGAGCCAUUAGAAUCGUUUUUCGUAUUUCUUCACUCUCCUACUGGCGGUGCAAAACUUGGAGAUUUUAGGACACAAAAUGGUGGACGAAUAAUGAAAGUUGAUAUUCCAGCUAACGAUUACCCAAAUGGAAAUGUUGGAUUUGCCUCUAGGGAUGGUGUAAUAAUAUAUGAAGAUUCUUCAUCUCGAUCUCUAGACCUUGUUGUUAGUAGGAAAUCUGCUUAUGGAAAUGUAACUAUCAAAUGGAGAGCAAUUACUGACUAUACUUAUAAUAUCAAAGAAGGAUCAUCAAAUACUCCUGAAAGAAUUGAUCUUACUGAUCAACUUGAAAAAACAUCAGGAGAAAUAUUUUGUCCAAAACCUAAGUUGGAUUGUAUUAUUUCUAUCAAGUUAAAAGAUGACCAGAUCGCGGAAUUUGAAAACUGGUUUCUUGUUGAAAUAUAUCAAGUAAGUGCGGAAGCAAAAAUAGACUCAACAAGAAGAUUUAUUAACGUAACUAUGGCAGACAGUGACCACCCAUUUGGAAUGUUUCAAUUUACCCUGCAAUCAAGGCUUCCAGUUGUGAGCAAAGGCAAUAAAGCAGUCGGGCUGACUAUAGAAAGGAUUGGUGGGCAUAGGUUUAAAUCAGAAGUACAUUUUUAUACAAAGCAACUGAAAAGCAUUAUCAACAUAGCAAGAACAACCUUGUAUCCAGCAGUGGCAGAUGUUGAUUAUGUGAAAAUUAAUGGAAAGGCUGAUUUUAACCCCGGUCAAGAAGAAGCUUUCAUCAACAUUCCACUUCAUCAUGAUCUCUCUUCACCAAAUCCACUCCCUCAAAUUUUUCAAGUUAAAUUAUCUCACGUAUCUGGAGAUGGAUCGAUUAAUUAUGAAUAUGAUACUGCUAAUGUCACCAUUGUAGGAAAAGAAAAUACAAAAAGAGUUUGGAGAGUAUAUGAAGCGUUACAACAGAAUCUUGAUGAUGGAGUUAUACAAUCAGUUCUAGCUCAGUUACAUUCCUUAACUGAUGAACCUAUGGACAAUGAACAAGUUCACAUAUUUCACGGAGUGUUGAAUAAUAUUAUUGAUCACGCUAAGCAGAGGAAACUACCAAGUCAAAUUCAAGAAGCUGUUUAUGAUUUGUUUUGUAAAUUGCUUGAUCCCAAUAGAUCAGAUGCGGUAUUAGGAUUCACGGAGUUUGGCGACACAUUUGAACAAUUUGUCUUUUCAUUGAUGACUGGUAUGGAUUGUACACCUGAUGAUUCUGCUACAGUUGCAUUUGGAAAAUGCUCUCAUGCCGUUUUGCAGAGUGCUCGUUGGUAUCCAGAAAUAAUCAAUGGACAUAAAUUUGCUGGGAAGGGAAGAUCAGCUUUGGAUUACUUUGAGAUUCCUACUGAUCUUCUGAAUGUUCAAGCCACUGGAGUUGAUUCACCUAAUCCUACUUGUUAUGAUAUUUCAUUCAUUGAAUAUUCAUCACAAACAUGGUUUGAUGUGAUCGGUGAAAAGGGUGCGAUGAGCAACAAGAUAUUUUCUGUCAGUGUUAAUGGAAAACCGAUCGCAAAUCUUGUGAACCCAGUACGAUACAGAAUCCACACAAAGGAUUCAAGAAUAUCACCAAAAGGUGCUGAGUGUGUAUUGUGGAACGAGGCUUCCAAACGAUGGUUAAGUUCACCAGAAACAUGUACAGUUGAAUAUGAUACAGAUACUUAUGUUGAGUGUGCUUGUCAUCAUAUGUCUGUUUAUGCAGCUAGAGGACCAACUGAUGAUUUGGCUGGUUAUAAUGAGGCCACCUAUGUUGCUUGCUUCAUAUGUGCUGUAGCAGCAGCAGUCACAAUUCUCGGCCAUCAUGUUUGUUCGAGACACAGUACAUUUGCUUCAAAACUUAUGAUGCAUAUGUUAUUUGCAUGUGGAUUGACUCAGCUAUUCUUUGUUGUAAGUACAUUAGCAAGUGAGACUGCAAAUGAAGAUGGAUGUGCAGCAAUUGCAAUAUUCCUGCAUUAUUUCUGGCUUGCUCAGUUUACAUGGAUAUUAGUACAGGCUUUCAAUAUUUGGAAGGUUCUUGUGAUGAGCAAUGACAACACCAGUCAAAUCUUGACAAUAUUUUUCAUCAUAGGCUGGGGAUUACCAGCUGUAAUAGUAGCAUUGCAUAGUAUAAUCAUGUACGCUUUGGGAUUUACCAAUCUGCCACAAAUAUAUGGAGAUGUACAUUCUAACGGUGACAUGUGUUUUAUUAUGGAUGCAAAAGCCGGGCUCCUAGCUGCCGUUGCACCAGCUUGCAUAUCAAUGAUGGUAACAUGCACCAUAGGAUUGCAAUUAUAUCAAAGAGAUAACACAUGGAAACAAUAUGAUGAUUUGUUCAGAGGUAGAUUCAACCAAACAGAAAUUCCACUUUUGUUUUGGUUUUUCUUUCUUCUAUCAUUCUCAUGGCUAUGGGGAGGACUCCAUCUUGCUUAUGGUCAGAUGUGGAUGUUGGUAUUGUUUAUACUGUUCAAUAUGGUACAGGGUAUCUAUCUUCUCAUUAUAUAUGGAAUUCUUCACAAUCAAAUAGUGAGACCUAUUAAAUCACCUUAUGAAACGGAUGAUACUGCCGUACCAGUUAAUGCAUAUGCAACAAGCACAGCAGGAAGUCAAGCACCAUCUGUAACUGGUGAUGUAUUGAACAGAAGCACACAGAAUCUUGUAGCAAAAGGAAAAGACCAGUUGGAAUGGAGUGGUAGUGAUCCGAAUUUUUCACGAUCACAAGUGAUGACUCGUGGAAAUAUGGAGGAUUCUUUUAAUCAGGAUGAUUCAGCAGAUUUCGAUGAUUUAAUGUUCGCCUUGAAAACAGGUACUGUUAUUGAGCAUAGUCCAGCAGAACAUAUACAUGUAUCACCUAUUAAACAUACUAGUCCGUUACGUGUGAUUAAUGACGUCAUAGAUGACGACAAUGGUUCUACGUCAUCACCUAGACAUGAUCCUAGCACAUAUCCGAUCGCUGAUACCCAUUUAUAAUAUCAAAAUAUGAGCGGAAAUUUUUUUUUUGUAAAUAUGAAGUAUUCAUAUCGAUAUUGAUGGAUGGUCAUUUUUUAUACCAAAGUUUAUCAAUAUAUUCACUAAAAGAAGCAAAAUGUAAAAGUUUGGAGGUUUUUUUAUCAAAAUUUUUGUUAAUAUCGAAUCAUGUCACAUUUUUUUAUACAUUCAACAUCAUUUUUCCAAAAUACAAAUCAAUUCAAAAUUACGGAUGGCACAAUGUCUUAAUAGCAUUACGGCAUUUCGGAGCGAUUGUGCUUGCUCACACUGCGGAAGAAUAUUCUUUAGUUACAUUUUUUACUUUUAUGUAGUUAUUUUUAUUCGCAGCUAUAGAGGUAGCUUUUACUUUAAAUGCUUUUCCGCUUAAAAUAUAACUGUUUCUAUGUUGAGUA